AUGGCUGGAAUGGCGCUGGCACGGGCCUGGAAACAAAUGUCCUGGUUCUUCUACCAGUACCUGCUCGUCACUGCGUUCUACAUGUUGGAGCCCUGGGAGCGGACUGUGUUCAAUUCGAUGCUGGUUUCUGUAGUGGGGAUGGCGCUGUAUACAGGCUACGUCUUUAUGCCGCAGCACAUCAUGGCCAUAUUGCACUACUUUGAAAUCCAUGGAAUAAGAAAAUCCAUGUUAAGAAAUUUGGAGAAGAUAAUAAAGGAUGAGAAGAGAGAGUCCUCAACUGCUAAGCAUCAAGACCUCAGGACCAGAAGUAGUGGAAAGAUUACCAACAGAUCAGGCAGAUUAAAGUGUGAAAAAAACCACAGUGUCAACAAGGAUUCAGGGACAGGAUACAGAUGGAAGGAAUGA